AUGCUCGGACGCGUCAGCGCGCGAACACGACCGCCGCUGCGCCUUUCGACGACGGCUGCGGGGACGACCACGGACGAAUCGACAAGAGCAUCGACGACGCCUCCAACUGUUGCACAGCGAGGGAUUCGCCACCGGGAAAGGACGGCUCGAGCGGCAGCGAGGUCUUCGAGCUCGCUCGAGAUCUCCUUGCACCGGGAAUUCGCGAGCCCAUACAUGAUCAGCCACGCCGUGUACGAGUUCCCGACGCCCAAUCUCGCGCAUGCGGCCAUCCUACACGACCGCUAUUGUCUCAACGGAUUUUUCCUUCCAGUCGCAGAGGAGCGACCGACCAACCGCGCGAGUACGCAGCGGUAUCGUGCCGGUGGUCGUGCCGGCAGACUCACCUAUGACGGCCGCGUGCGCUGGGACGCUGCUGUGGUGCAGUACACGGCCCCACUCGAUUAG